GGUUAUCGGCUAGCCAGCAACCCGCUACAACUGGCAGGCUUUCCAUCCGACCCUUAUUCCUUCAAGGGUGUUUUGGACUGAGCCGUCCCACAGUCUGGAGCGGGGGUGUUGCGGGGAAGCCACGUGUACAGGAACUGGAGUCUGACAGCUCGCCUGACUGGAACCACCGCAGGCAGUCAUGGCUGUUCGGACAAAGUUGUGGUGCAGAAGCCUCCUGGCUGUGUCCCUGCUUUUCUGUAUCCUUCUCCAAACCAUGGAUGUGCAUGCACGGCCAGCCAACAUGUCAGCACCUAAAGAUAAGUCUCCACCCAGCAAGGACGACAACGAGAUUCUUCCUCCAGACCACCUGAAUGGGGUGAAGAUGGAGAUGGAUGGCCACCUCAACAAGGACUUCCAUCAGGAGGUGUUCCUGGGUAAAGAGAUGGAUGAGUUUGAAGAGGACUCAGAGCCGAGGAGGAACAGGAAGAAGCUUAUUGAAAUUUUCACCAAAGUUGAUUUCAACAAGGACAGGAGUGUGAGCGCCAAAGAGAUGCAGCGCUGGAUUAUGGAGAAGACGGAGGAGCACUUUCAGGAGGCCAUGGUGGAGAACAAGAACAGCUUCCGCGCCGUGGACCCAGACGGCGACGGUCACGUGACAUGGGAUGAAUAUAGAGUCAAAUUUCUGGCCAGCAAAAGUUUCAGUGAAAAGGAAAUUGCUGAGAAAAUAAAGAAUAAUGAAGAUCUGAAACUGGAUGAGGAAACUCAGGAGGUUUUGGAAAGCCUGAAGGACCGCUGGUUUCAGGCUGACAACACCCCGGCUGACCAGCUGCUGAACGAGCAGGAGUUCCUGUCUUUCCUCCACCCGGAGCACAGCAGAGGAAUGCUCAAGUACAUGGUCAAGGAGAUUGUUCGCGACUUAGACCAGGAUGGUGAUCAGAAACUGACACUGUCAGAGUUCAUCUCUUUACCCGUGGGCACCGUGGAGAACCAGCAGGCUCAGGACAUCGAUGACGACUGGGUUCGAGAGAGGAAGAAGGAGUUUGAGGAUGUCAUUGAUUCAGACCGUAAUGGCAUCGUAACCAUGGAGGAACUGGAGGAGUACAUGGACCCGAUGAAUGAGCACAACGCUUUGAACGAGGCCAGGCAGAUGAUCGCCGUCGCGGAUGAAAACCAGAAUCAUAGCUUGGAGCUGGACGAGAUUCUCAAGUACAGCGAAUACUUCACGGGCAGCAAGCUGAUGGAUUACGCCAGAAAUGUCCACGAGGAGUUCUGAAGACCAACGCGUCCUCCCCCCUCUCAUCCUACAUCUGCUUCAGGGACAAGCUGGAGGGGGUGGCCCCAACCUAAUGAUAGGAUGAUCUAGUGUGCAAUUCUGUGUUUAAAAGCCUCACUGGCCUCUUUCACUGCUGACUAAAAUGAAAACAUCCCUCCUUCAGCCCCGGACUGCCUGCCAGCCAUCAGAGUUAACAUGGUCUGCCUUUUGUGUGCCAUUGGACUUUUUGACCUUCAAAUGUCGGGCUUUUCCACAAAUUUGAGGCACCGCAGCAACUCAAAUCGAUGUGUGUUAUAUCGUGAAAUGUGUGUAUAUGAGGAAUUUUAACCCUGACUAGAUUUUCCCUUCGCGGCGGCGAGAGAGAUGGCGCAGCUAGACGUUGUUUGCAGCUGGCGAGUAAACACGGAUGUAAAUAUUCAUUGUCGGUGUCAGAGAGAACAGCUGAGAAGAUAAAUAUAAUGCUGCUGAAAGGAACAACCUUACAGAGCUAUCAUAUUCUGAAGAAUAUGAUGCAAAAGGUGAUUUUUGUCAUUGGUGGUGAACAAUUCCUCUAGUUUCCGUCCUACUUAAAAACAGGGUAUUUGAUUGUGCGAGAAAAACAUAACAUUUAAAAACAGCUUCAGUAAAGUCCAGCGAUCCUCUUUAGCACAGUCGUUCAUUCAUAAUUUAUUGCCAGUGAUAGAAAAUGUAGGCAGAGAGAUUAAUAUAUGAGAACAGCAGGUCUUUCUCACUGCAGACAUGUUGCCGUAGGGAAAGCACAGGUGUCACUGAUGAUGUCAUUAGUAUCACCUGUGUGUCUCAGGCGUCUCCUGUGGUGAAGGCUUUCUGUUGGUCUUGGCUUUUUCGUCCUCUUGUUGAGACGUGGACACAGAUGAUUUUAUUUGACCGCCUACAUUCAGAUCAGAAACGUCGCUGAACAUUGAGCAGGUUUGGACUUGUUUUCCACUUCUCGCCGUCGUCGGCUCGUCUCGGCGUCCUCAGUUCACAAACGACAGGUAGCUCACCUUUCAUGUUUACCUGUUAAAUUUUGAAUGCUCUCGGUUCAUCUGCACAUUUCCACCUGUACCUUGUUUUAACUUGCAUGGACAAAUAAUGGAAUUACUCCUCCGUUUUGUUGAGCUUUUCAAUAUCCUGUUGUGUAUUUGGAUUCUGGUGCAGGCGUCUCUGUCCUGUUUGGAUUGUAAAAUAAGAUUAAUGACAACAGAAUGUGACACAGCUUUAUAAAAUGUAUUGCAAAUAUACUGGUAAACAAUAAAUAUUUCUUAUCAAUUAAGUA